GGGGGAUUGGGACGGCGGUGGUGAUGAUGGUGGCGGUGGUGUUCUGAGGCAGUGGAAGAAGGGAAAGAGCGACUUUUAUCACUGCUCUGGCAUGGUGCUUGAGCAGGAGGAUUAUGUUGCUGCUACGGCUGCUGCGGUGCCCGGCCGUGGGACUCAAGAGGUGGUUUACUUCGGGAGCAGCGCCGCUUCCGGUUCCUCGAGUGCUGUUGGGAGCCAGGAGAUUCCGUACUUUGGCCGCGGCUUGUCUCCUGCUUCCACACCAGGCACGCCCACUCGCGAGGUGGUGCACUCCUACAACGACCGCCCCUCGAGUAGCAGCGGGGGCGGCGGCAGCAGCAGCAGCACGUGGUGGGCGCAGCGCCGAGCCGUCCGUCCUUUGCGGAGACCUUGACACCGCCGCGAGGCGUCUGUUGCCUCCUUCUUCCCUACCCUUUUCACAUCAUCAUACGAAGCUCAUUUCCUUUGUCUGGAUCGGUUACAGGUACGCUGUUUUCCAUGGAGGAGGGAGGGUGGUUGCAUGGCGACGGCGCACAGAGAUGUACGGCAUACCCGAAAUUGUUCGAUAUGGCAUGUAACGGGAUUUUGGUGUAUCAAUCGUUUGGAAGUCAUUCUCGGUUUGAAAGAUGCUGAGGAGGUUGUCUGUGUGUUGACCUGGCGAGUGUCUCGUCGAAUCCUAAAAAUUUUGCCGGAAUGAGAGGUUCAGGUGACAACUUCGAGGUUUCACGGUUUUGUUCGUCAGACGUUGACCUGCUCCAUCUCAAUCAGACAGACACCAUCCUGACCUCACCAAACAUGGCAGUUCUGAAAUACGAUGCUGCUG